UAUCGCGAGAUCCUGUAGUAGAGGAUUUCCAACAUGGCAGGCAGUAAGUUGGUUCUAGAAGGAAGAGUGAGUGUAAAAAGCUUCAUUUUAGGGUUGAGUGUGGUUAUAAUCCCGUUGAUAAGAACCUGCUUUGGGCACAUCGACUGGGUCUUUGAUUAUCUCACUGAUAUUCCGGGGAAAAUUGCGAUUUGCCUCCACAUAGCAGUAAUCAACGGCCUGCUGCUAACAAUUUACAGAGGAGCUCUGUACAAGGUCGCUGUAAGAGCCUGUUUUCUGGGAGUUAUUUUUGGCUGCGGCCUUAUGAUAAGCUUAUCUGAUACAACUUGGACAUAUUUUGGCUGGUACAUGUGUUCUCUGUCUUUCUUCCAUUACUCUGAGUACCUGGUCACGGCCAUCAUCAACCCACGCACUCUCUCCCUGGACUCCUUCCUUCUCAACCACAGCAUGGAGUACACACUGGCUGCAGUGUCAUCAUGGGUGGAGUUCACUGUGGAGAAGCUAACGGUUCCAGAGCUGAAGCAGCUCAGAUGGCUCAGUGUCCUUGGCCUUGUCAUGGUGCUGUGUGGCGAAGGCCUGCGUAAGGCGGCCAUGUUAACGGCUGGCUCCAACUUCAAUCACAUUGUGCAGAACGAGAAAGCCCGCAGCCAUGUGCUGGUCACUGAUGGCGUCUACUCUUACUUUAGGCAUCCCUCCUACGUGGGCUGGUUUUACUGGAGUACAGGAACUCAGGUUUUGCUGUGUAACCCGUUGUGCACUCUGGCUUACACAAUAGCCAGCUGGAGAUUCUUCCGAGAGCGAAUCGAGGAGGAGGAGCUCUCUCUAAUCCACUUCUUUGCCGAGGAUUAUAUUGAGUACAAGAAAAAAGUACCCACCGGGCUGCCCUUCAUCUCAGGCAUCCGUGUGAACUAGCUCCAGAGGCUGGAAGCUGGAUGGUAAAAACAGACCUAUGACACUAUAGCAGGUCAGACCUGGAGGGUGUGCGGCAUCUGCACUGACCACCGCCCUCCAGAGGGAGACCCUGCAGCUGGCUGGACGCCUGUAGUUCACAGACAGAGACUGUGACCGUUGGGUAGGUGGUGGGCAGCUGGGCUGCUGUUUUUUUCUACCAACCUCAAAAAUCCAGUUUAAGACCAGAGGAACCUCCAUCGUACCUGAUGUAUUCCCGUUACACUCACCGUAUCCGUUAGAACAGUUAACGUUUGCAUGCUUCACACAUGCACAGUGUUUUCAUGUUGUGCUCAAACUGAAUCUUCCACUGAGCUCUCUGAGGAAGUUUACAUGGCACUCAAUUAUGAACAGUCGGACUUGAGUCAUUGUCGACCGGUUUUUCGGAUAAUUUUUAACAGGUUGCUAUAACUAACACGUGAUGCAUUGCCUCACAAGCAAAGAUGAUCAUGUGUUUGUGCCGGCUUGGUUCAUAAACUAGGUUGUAAACUAGCAUCUGUCAAAAUAAAGAGUUACUCCACACA